CCCUCCCGCCCGACGCCACUUCCGCCCCGCCGCACAAGAUGGCGGCGCCCACUCUGCGGGGCCUGGCGCUGGGCCUGGUCCGGGCCGCGGUCCCGGUGCGGCCGUACCGGGCGGCUCCGCUGCGGCCCCGCGCGGUUCCCCCGCCGCCGCCGGGGGCCGAGGAGCAGCGGGCGGCGGCGCGGCGCUUCGGGAGGCUGGGGGAGGCGGCGGGGGUCGCGGCGGAGCGGCUGUGGCCCGGCCCCGGGGAGCUGCGGGAGCGGGAGGCGGAGGAGCGGGAGUGGGAGCCGCCGCUGCGGGACGUGGAGGCGGAGCUGGAGCGGCGGGAGCGGGAGGAGGCGAGGCGGAGGGAGGAGAGGCAGCGGCUGGUGGCGCGGAGCCUGGCGGCGAUGCCGGCGGCCGUGGCGGCCUGGCGGCAGGAGCGGGCGGAGGCGCGGGAGCGGAGGCUGCGGGAGGCCGCCCGGCGGCAGCGGCUGCUGGCGGAGGCGGGGGCGCGCCUGGGGGGCCCCCCCCGGCCCGAAGACCCCCGGGCGCAGGCGCUGCUGCAGGACCUGGAGCGGGAGGAGCGGCGCCGCGAGAAGCGGCAGCGGCGGCAGGAGCGCGAGGAGGCCGCGCGCAGCGCCCUGGCCGCCGCCGAGGCCGCGGCCUCCCAACGCCCCCCCGGUGCUCCCGGGGCGGGAGAGGCCCCCCCGUAGCAGCACCAAACGGAGACCUCACCCCCCCCCCAAAAAAACAAACAAACCAGGAGCAGGAUGGGGUUGUGCCCCCCAAAAUCCCUCGGGGGGGCGCUGGGCCGACUGCCCCCCCUCAGCCCGAAGCGCCCCCAAAAGAGCGCCCCCAGAAGGCCCCGUUCUUCCCCCAAGAGGCCUCCUCCCUCCCCCAAAAUCUCUGGGCGCUCGCACGCGGGCCGGGUUUAAAAUUCUGUGUUUAAUCUCUUUCCCCGAGCUCUUUCCUUUGUUUUGUUUUGUUUUAAUCUCCCACAGGGCUGC